UAGGGCGCCUACACAGGAAAUCAGAGGUAGGUUUGGGACGCGUCCGACGGGUCUUUUCGAUUUCUAAUGUCUACUGCUGCGGCUGGUAUCACGUGCAGGACGCGGAGGACAGUAAAACGUUUUUUUUGUGCAACUCGCAACUAUUUCUACCGAAACACUGAGUUUUGUACUAAGGUGUGGACGACUGUACCAUGUUGGAAAGAGAGGAGGGUGUGAGUGAGUGAUGGGCUGUGCCUCGGCCAAGCAGUUGUCGUCCGUUCCUGGAGAUGAGGAUGAUCGGGACAAAGCCCACAGCAAUGGAGAUGCCUUCUCUUCAGACGAGUACAAAAUGAAAGGAGUGGAGAAGGUGAAGUACAUGCAUGGAGACGAGGAGCGGAUGAACACGCGCAACCAGGAGCACCUGGAGAAGAGCACAUUUUUGCACAAGGGCAAACACAAAGAGGCCAGUGGGAACACUAAUAAAAUAAGCAUCCACUCGUCAGAAAGCCAGCAGGAGUUUUUCAGGAUGCUGGACGAGAAGAUUGAAAAGGGACGCGACUACUGUUCUGAGGAAGAGGAGGACGUGACAUAACCUGACGCUGUUGUACCUCUAUUCCUCGUCGAGAUGAUCACUCCUUCCCUCAUCUCCUUUUCUCCUCUGAGCGCUGAGCCAGUUUACCCCCCAACCCCGCCCCCACCACCCAGCCCUCCUUGUUUACAUUCAGCGUUCCGACCACCGAAAGCCGUCUGGAGGGGAGGAGAAAAGGGGACGUGGGACGGAUGUGUUGUCAUCAUGGUUACAGUGCACUUGCCUUACACUAAGACUUUCUCUUGAGUUUCUCAACAUUUUUGAGAGGGAUCGCAAUGAACAUAACACUGUCUGGGGACUCGGUGGCUUUACAUCUCUUGCACGUGCAGAAUGAAACAUUUGUUGAACAUUUUCUUCUUCUUCUUCCUUGGAGAUGAGACGUCCUGGGAAGCUGCAGACCAUCAUGUCGAAAGAAACAAAAACAAAGGACAAAUUUAGUUCCAUCCCACACAUUCCAGUCAUUUUUAUAUUAUAUAUAUAUAUAUAUAUAUAUAUAUAUAUAUAUAUGUGUGUGUGUGUGUGUGUAUAUAUAUGUAUGUAUAUGUUUGUGUGUGUGUUGGAAAAGUAUUUUCUCACCAUUAAGUCUAUAAGUGUUAUGUUUUGUUUUUAACUUUCCAGAUAUUUUUAGAGUGUAACCCCGCUCAGGACUGCGAGUGUCGUCGGAGAAGGACGUUUCGUCGUUCGUGUUUCGAACGUCAUACCGCAAUCACACACUUUCGAAUUCCAAACACAUGGUUUGAAGGCUGCUUUCACACCUCGGGACGGGUCAUAACCAUAGCAAUGCACUCCUCCCGGUCCCAGCUACUAUCUAGCAUCUGCCUAGCCUAGCCUAGCUUGCUCUCUCGAUUAUCAUGUUACGUUUGGAAUGUUUUAAACAUGUCGUAAAUGUCUGAGUUUCCCACCUUUUAGGUUUCGUUUUUCCUUGCGGCCUGAUUGGUCGGGAGGUUAAAACAGAAUGACGUGUAAUACGUAUGCUGGAAAUCGAGAGGGGAAAAUAAGUUAACACUAAGCGCGAAAGCAGCCUAACAGACUCGAGUUGCCCGACGCAGUCAGUGGGCAUGUGCAGAUAAAAUCGUAAAUCACGUCUACAACUGUAUAAAAGUGUCAUUAAAAAAAGAAGGAUGUUAUGGUUUUCGGUGUAUCAUAGUAUAAAAGUGCUCUGUUUGAAUCCAACCCUGUCCCAAAACCAAAUAACAAUAAAACUUUUUAUAAUAAACCAAUAAACUCAUCUUUUCUCUCAGCGAAUUGUAGCUAGUGUUACACACAACCUACACAACAAGCGUAUGGAUAUUUCCUAAUGUUACUAAUCUGGCUAACGGUAUCAUAGUAUUUUCCUAAAUGUUAGCUAGCUAGCGUUACUGUGGAAAACCAAUUUUGCAACGUUAAUUUAAAUCCGGGAUCUUCUCGGACGCUGUUUUUGGAUAUUUGCUAAUGUUAGCUAGAUUUUUCUCUUGUUAGCUAAACAGCUUGUUACCAAUCUACUUUUGGGCAGUUAGCUCGCAGCACUAGCUGGCUUUGUUUAUAAUCUUUUUUAAGCUAGAUAUAUGCUUAUUUGGUGUUUCACGUAGACACGAUUACAUAACUCAUAUACAGAAACCAAAAGUCCUGGGUUGUUUUUUUUGGUCAUAGAUAAAUCAGAUGUACAUACCCAGAAAUGUUGAGUCCUAUUUUCUAAUGCUAGCUAGCUUAGUAGUUUUGCCGAGUCAUAUUUUCUCAUUUUCUCUGCUGACAUUCUUGGAAAUUAGCUAGAAAUUGCUUUGUUAUGGGAUAUAAUUAUUAAUAUUGACUAGCUUUGUGCAUAUACUUUACUAUUAGCGAGACAUGAGGAGGUUUUACAAAACCUGAAACAUUUUAAUAAUUGACAAACCAAAAGUUGAGAAAUGACAACGUUACGUGAAUGCUGCGUAGUUCUAGCGAGGGUUGAUAACAUUGUAAUAGCGUCUUAAUGAUAAAAUGUUACAUAGUUAUUUGGUGUAACCGUAAUAUCGGCACAUGCCUCAGAGUACAUGCCUCGCAAGAAUGAGCAAGAAAGUGG